UGUCUGCGGAGGGCAGUGCUGCCAUGGCUGGAGUAAGGCCCCUGGCUCCCAGAGGUGCACCAAACCAAGCUGUGUUCCUCCAUGCCAGAAUGGAGGGAUGUGUCUGCGGCCUCAACUGUGUGUGUGCAAGCCAGGGACCAAGGGCAAAGCCUGCGAGACCGUCACCACUCACGACACCGCGUCCACAGCAGUCGCUGGAGGGCAGGGCUCUGGGCCUGCUUCCAACUGGAUCUCUCUGGAGCCAGCAUCAAAGCACACACCGUCUAAGAAGGCAGACCCUCUACCCAGAGUCAGCCCUGUGGCCCAGAUGACCUUGACCCUCAAGCCGAAGCCUUCCAUCGGACUCUCCCAGCAGAUCCUGAAUUCUCAAAUGACCCCCCUGUCCUCCCAGAACGUGAUGAUUCAUCAUGGCCAGACCCAGGAGUAUGUGAUCAAGCCCAAGUACUUCGCGGCUCAGAAGGUGAUCUCGGGAGAACAGGCCACAGAAGGCGUGUUCCCUUUAAGAUACGGGCAGGAUCGAGUCGCUGUACCUUUUCAGGUGAGUAACCACUCGGGCCGCAUCAAGGUGGUCUUUACUCCGAGCAUCUGUAAAGUGACCUGCACCAAGGGCAGCUGUCGGAACAGCUGCGAGAAGGGCAAUACCACCACCCUCAUUAGUGAGAACGGCCACGCCGCCGACACGCUGACGGCGACCAACUUCAGAGUGGUAAUUUGCCAUCUUCCAUGUAUGAAUGGUGGUCAGUGCAGCUCCAGGGACAAAUGCCAGUGCCCGCCCAACUUCACGGGGAAGCUGUGUCAGAUCCCAGUCCAUGGACCCAGUGUGCCUAAACUUUAUCAACAGUCUCAGCAGCCAGGCAAGGCGCCGGGGACGCACGUUGUCCACUCCACACAUACUUUGCCUCUUACCAUGACUAGCCAGCAAGGAGUCAAAGUAAAAUUUCCUCCCAACAUUGUCAAUAUCCACGUGAAGCACCCUCCUGAGGCUUCAGUCCAGAUACACCAGGUGUCCAGAAUCGAUGGCUCGACCGGCCAGAAGGUGAAGGAAGCCCAGCCAGGACAAUCCCAGGUCUCUUACCAAGGGCUCCCCGUCCAGAAGACCCAGACGGUGCAUUCCACCUACUCCCAUCAGCACGUCAUCCCUCACAUCUACCCUGUGACUGCCAAGACGCAGCUUGGCCGGUGCUUCCAGGAAACCAUCGGGUCACAGUGUGGCAAACCCCUCCCUGGCCUUUCAAAACAAGAGGACUGCUGUGGGACCGUGGGCACCUCGUGGGGCUUUAACAAAUGCCAGAAAUGCCCCAAGAAACCAGCUUAUCAUGGACACAACCAAAUGAUGGAAUGUCUACAAGGUUAUAAGCGGGUGAACAACACCUUUUGUCAAGAUAUUAAUGAAUGCCAGCUACAAGGUGUGUGCCCUAAUGGUGAGUGUUUGAAUACCAUGGGCAGCUACAGAUGCACCUGCAAAAUGGGCUUUGGGCCGGAUCCUACUUUUUCAAGUUGCAUCCCGGAUCCCCCUGUGAUUUCUGAAGAGAAAGGGCCCUGUUACCGACUGGUCAGCAACGGAAGGCAGUGUAUGCACCCUCUGUCUGUUCACCUCACCAAGCAGCUCUGCUGUUGUAGCGUGGGCAAGGCCUGGGGCCCCCACUGUGAGAAAUGUCCCCUCCCAGGCACAGCUGCUUUUAAGGAAAUCUGUCCUGGUGGAAUGGGUUAUACAGUUUCUGGCGUUCAUAGACGCAGACCAAUCCAUCACCAUGUAGGUAAAGGACCUGUAUUUGUCAAGCCACAGACCACUCAACCUGUUGCUAAAAGUACUCAUCCUCCACCUCUCCCAGCAAAGGAAGAGCCAGUGGAGGCCCUGACCUUCUCCCGGGAACACAGGCCAGGAGUGGCGGAGCCAGCAGUGGCAACAGCGCCCUCUGAGAAGGAAAUACCCUCACUGAGUCAAGAGAGGACCAAACUUGAGCCUGGUCAACCUCAGCUCUCUCCAGGAGUCUCAACUAUCAACCUGCACCCACAGUUUCCAGCAGUGAUUGAAAAAACGUCACCACCUGUACCUGUAGAAAUAGCUCCUGAAGCGUCUACUUCAAGUGCCAGCCAAGUCAUUGCACCUACUCAAGUAACCGAAAUCAAUGAAUGUACUGUGAACCCUGACAUCUGCGGAGCAGGACACUGCAUUAACCUGCCCGUGAGGUACACGUGCAUAUGUUACGAAGGUUACAAGUUCAGUGAGCAACAGAGGAAAUGUGUUGAUCUCGAUGAAUGCACUCAAGUCCAGCGCCUCUGCUCCCACGGGCGCUGUGAAAACACUGAGGGCAGUUUCUUGUGUAUUUGCCCGGCAGGAUUCAUGGCCAACGAGGAGGGCACGGACUGCAUAGAUGUUGAUGAGUGCCUGCGGCCAGAUGUCUGCGGGGAAGGGUACUGCGUCAACACCAUGGGGGCCUUCCGCUGCGAGUACUGCGACAGCGGGUACCGCAUGACCCGCAGAGGCCACUGCGAGGAUAUUAAUGAAUGUUUGAGUCCAAGUAACUGCCCGGAGGAGCAGUGUGUGAAUUCUCCAGGAUCUUACCAGUGUGUCCCCUGCACCGAAGGGUUCCGAGGCUGGAAUGGACAGUGCCUUGAUGUGGAUGAGUGCUUGGAAGCAGGUGUCUGCACAAACGGGACUUGUUCCAACCUGGAAGGCUCUUACACAUGUUCCUGCCACAGCGGCUACAGCCCCACGCCGGACCAUAAGCACUGCACAGAUACUGAUGAAUGCCAGCAGGGCAACCUGUGCCUAAAUGGGCAAUGCAAAAACACCGAGGGCUCCUUCAGGUGUACCUGUGGGCAGGGGUACCGGCUGUCCAGCGCGAAAGACCAGUGUGAAGAUAUUGAUGAAUGCCAGCCCCGGCACCUCUGCACUCACGGGCAGUGCCGGAACACGGAGGGCUCUUUCCAGUGUGUUUGUGACCAGGGUUACAGAGCGUCUGCCCUCGGAGACCAUUGUGAAGAUAUCAACGAGUGCUUGGAGGACCGUCAAAUUUGCCAGGGAGGAGCCUGCGUCAACACCGCCGGGUCUUAUGACUGCACUUGCCCACCUGGCUUCCAGCUCAGUGGCAGUAAAAGAUGCCAAGAUAUAAAUGAAUGUGAACAACCAGGGCUCUGUGGUCCUCAUGGGGAGUGUCUAAACACAGCUGGCUCUUUUCAUUGUGUCUGCGAACAGGGCUUCUCCAUCUCUGCAGGUGGCCCCACAUGUGAAGAUAUUGAUGAAUGUGUAAACAACACUAUUUGUGACAAUCACGGGUUUUGUGACAAUACGGCUGGCUCCUUCCGCUGCCUCUGUUAUCAGGGCUUUCAAGCCCCACAGGAUGGGCAAGGGUGUGUGGAUGUGAACGAAUGUGAACUGCUCAGUGGCGUGUGUGGCGAAGCCUUCUGUGAAAACGUGGAGGGGUCGUUUCUGUGCGUGUGUGCAGAUGAAAACCAGGAGUACAGCCCCAUGACUGGGCAGUGCCGCGCCCGGGUCUCCGAAGAUGUCGCUGUUGAUCAACCCAAAGAAGAAAAGAAAGAAUGCUACUAUAAUCUGAACGAUGCCAGUCUCUGUGACAAUGUCCUGGCCCCCAACAUCACCAAGCAGGAGUGCUGCUGCACCUCAGGCGCUGGGUGGGGUGAUAACUGUGAGAUCUUCCCCUGUCCGGUCUUGGGGACUGCUGAAUUCACAGAAAUGUGUCCUGGAGGAAAAGGGUUUGUUCCCACAGGAGAGUCCUCUCCCGGAUCUGGUGGCCAGAACUACAAAGAUGCGGAUGAAUGCUUACUGUUUGGACAAGAAAUCUGCAAAAACGGCUUCUGUCUGAACACCCAGCCUGGGUAUGAGUGCUACUGUAAGCAGGGGACUUACUAUGAUCCUGUGAAACUGCAGUGCUUCGAUAUGGAUGAAUGCCAAGACCCCAACAGUUGUAUUGAUGGCCAGUGUAUUAAUACCGAAGGUUCUUAUAACUGCUUCUGUACCCAUCCCAUGGUCCUGGAUGCCUCCGAGAAGAGAUGUAUACGGCCAGCUGAAUCGAAUGAAUUUGGUCAGCAAGCCUUUCUUCGGAGGAGCUCUAAUGAGCUCUUCAACGCGCAGGACACGUGGCUGUGUGGACCACUGUUCGACGUGCGAGAUGACUACGCCCAGCUGUGCAAUAUCCCCAUGGUGGGCCACCGGCGGCCGUACGGACGGGAUGCCCUGGUUGACUUCAGCGAGCAGUACACGCCAGAAGCCGAUCCCUACUUCAUCCAAGACCGUUUUCUGAACAGCUUCGAGGAGCUGCAGGCGGAGCAGUGCGGCAUCCUCAACGGCUGUGAGAACGGCCGCUGCGUGCGGGUGCAGGAAGGCUACACCUAUGUGAAUGAAUGUGAUGAGUUGAACACCCGCAUGUCUCUCUGCAAGAAUGCUAAGUGCAUCAACACAGAAGGUUCCUACAAGUGUUUGUGUCUGCCAGGCUACGUACCAUCGGACAAGCCUAACUACUGCACCCUGUUGAACACCACCGUGAAUUUAGAAAAAGACAGCGAGCUAGAGUAACAGAGAAUCUGCUUAGCCUAAGCCCAUAUACUCUGCACUGUGUAAAGGAAAAGGGAGAAUUGUAUUAUACUUGAGACUUUGUGCCUAACCCUGAAUGUUGGACCUGCUCAUCCGUAGAAGAGAAGGAGAAGAGUUAGUGCGAGCCUGAAUGGUGUGGCAGACCAAAUGGACAUUUCUCUGGAAAAAAACAAAAGCAAAAAACCAGUAUAUAUAGUCUGUUCAUAUGUAAAAUUCAGUGGAAAUGAGGGGGAACAGUGCUGUUAUUUUAAACAGAAGGUUGUAUUAUUGUAUUGGGUUUGUUUUGUUUUUUGUUUUGUUUUGUUUUUCACUAUUGCUUGAUUAAAUUUGGCUUUUAAAUAGUGGUGGACAUAUUUUAUAUACUUUUUUUGGGUUGUUCAGUUCCUUGGCUACUGUUUUUGUUUUGCUUUUCUCUUCAGAUUGAAAAAAGUCUAAAUGCACAGUCUUGGAUGAAAUAUUGCUAAACUGUAUUAUAAGUCUGUACGCAGGGUUGUGCUCUGCCUCCCUGGAACGUUUUAAACAUUCUAGUGUCUGUCCUGUGGAGCAGGCGGUGGCUUUGUGUCAAAAUUUGUAUACACAUUUGGAAAAAAUACUUUAUCUUUACAGUGUGUUGUCUGAUUCCAACGUCCACACUCUUGGCCAAACUGCCAGCAGGCAACAAGAGGAACCCUUUGCUACAUUGAGAUGCAAGACCGAAUGAGCUGACAUUCGUACUGUAAUAUGAAAUGUUUUAAACUGCGAACUCGAUGGUCCCCCAUCUACUUACCAUUGUAUGUUAAACCAAAAUAAAUCACCAUUUUCUAGAAAACA